UUAGUAGGCGCUGAAACUCACCUCAGCAACAACUGCUUAGAAAAGAGUCAGUACCAUAAAAGAUCUCAUCGCUUUCAUUUUAGCUAAAUUUUUUUUAGAGUUUUAUUCAAAAUUUUAAAUGUUUCCCUAAAUUCAUCAGUUUGUUCGAAACGCGACGGGUUCAGUUUAGUUAAUUUCGUUUUAGAGUCGGCAACAUGUUGCUGGUGCGAAGGUCGCUUCUUAAUGCUCCGGCAGCAGCGACGCAGCAGCUCCGUUACGUGAACUCCACGAAAAACUACGACGUGCCCAGGACGGAUCUGGAGAUGUUAACCAUUCCGGAUCGUUCCAAGACCACUCAGAGGGAACGAUGCUGGGCUUCGCAGCGUCGCAGCGAGUUCAAGUGCCCCACGGACAUAGAGUUCGAAGCGCCGGUUUCGUUCUUUGAUAAACAAGCAAAAUGCGUCGAUGAUCCCUGCAUUAAAGCAUUCCCGCCCAGGGAUCGUACGCUCUACAAGCCCUCGGACAUGAUGAACCGAAAGUACCAGCGCACCUGGCGCGAGUGCGUAAUUGAGGAGCGAAAGCGAAAGGCCGUCUGCAAGAGCAGUCCGAUCUUAUAUGAGCGGCGCACCCGCUCAACGUCAAAGCUUACUGCGAGGUCCCCCCCAGUGAGCAACUUGAGCCUGGGACUAGGGCCGUGUCGUCGCAAGGGUGACAGCCCUUGCCCCAGGGUCAAGUCGCCCCACUGCAAGGAAGCGAACCUCAAAGGCUGUUUCCCCGUUACCCCACCUUCUAAAUGCAAGAAGCGCAGGACCAAGUAUCCCUCCUACUCGGAGUGUCUGAAGGACCCGCUGCCUGACCUGGCCCCAUCAGAGUGCUUCUGCAUCAACACGCCGCCCAUGUGCGUGGUGUGGAACUACUACCGCAUGAAGAAGUCCUAGGCGGAUUGGGGUUUUCUUAGGCGACCUAGUUUCGAAUAAAGGAAAAUAAACAUUAUCCGAUCCAUGAA